AUGCCGCCCUGGUCUCCCGUUACCUUCAGGCAGGGCGCCACAAUGCUCAGCGGCAUCUUUGCCGCGCGCUUCUUCUCUUCCUCCGGCUCGGGUUCUUCCUCAGUGACAUCCUGCUCGAAGCGCCUCGUCCGGCCCGCAUCGCCGUAUGCGGCGCGCGAGAGUCCGACGCCCCUCAUUUUCCUCCAAACCCCCGGUGUGGAUUGGAAGGAGGCAGCGAGGAGGCCAAGGGGCCAGGAGAACUGGCAGGACUGGUCGGCCAUGUUUGCCGAAAAGGGGUAUACCUCUGUCGAGAUUGAUGUCGACGUGCGCACUGAGAGGAGCGGGACGCCCGAGUUUGGCUCGCGCGAUGAGAACGCUGCUCCUUCGGAGCAGCAGCAGCAGCAGGAUAAGAGCGACAUUGAGCUCGCUGCUGCCGAACUGAACCAGCAGAUCCGCCUGCUCGCCGUCCCCUUUGCGCCGGUUAUUAUUGCCUCUGGACCCUCUUGCCUCGUCGCCCAGACUUAUGUCGAGUCCUACCCCGCCUCUGGGCUCGUUAUGGUCGACCCGCCGCCUGACAAUGAUCCGCGCCCGAAUGGGGUCAAGGACGGCGGCUUCGAGUGGCCCAAGUUCACUUAUGAGCCUCGGUUCCCUAUCCUGAUUGUCGCGCGGAAGGGUGACGGACAGCGAAUCGAGGAUGAGACCAGGGUGGGAUCAGCGGCUAAGGACGGUGUUGGACGCGGCGGCAAGGGCGUGGAGGUCAUUGAGGAGGUGGACGGGUAUGGAGACAAAACGAGGAAUGAGGUUGAGCGCUGGCUCGACCGAUGCGGCUACUGA